UGAAGCUAUAAAAAUUAAAAAAAAAGGCAAAUUAGCGCUUGUUUGUUUUGAGUACCGUUCGGUAUUUUAAUAUUUUUGUUUCGUCUCUGUUCGUCACAGAAGUUCCGCCUGCGCUUCGUUGAUUUGCACGUUCUCCCGCAAACAUCACUCAGCUGUAAGUGCUAAUUGAUUUGAUACAGACAACCUGUGAUUAACACCGAUUUGUCGGUAAAUAAGCUGAACCUUAAUGGCUUUCCCGUCGUCAAAUGCUCAAGCUGACGUGACCAAAAAGAUUUUGGAAGAUAUUCAGAUCAAAAAACAACUACUUCAGAAGGGUGUAAGUCCAGUUACGCCAAACAUCAGUGCAACUCCGGCUGGAUUGACGAUUCCGCAGUACGUUCAAGCUACUAGCCAAGCCCAAUCGAACCAACCGGUGGAGAGCACCAUCAACGCUACGACUAAGGCAGUCUACAAUCAAGCCCUUAGCCAAUCCUACGGGUUCUUCAUACCGCAGGACUCGCUUUUCGGCAACAACAUCAUUCCGGUUCUGCCGCGGUUUGAUAACACACCGACGGCUGGAGCAAGUUCGGGAGCAGCAGCGACAUCAUCUGGAGCUAAAUAA